UAAGGCUUUAUUUUUAACCCGCGAACCUGUCUUAAAAUGGCUGCCCCUGGUAGGGAUCACAGGGACAAGUACAACUGCGAAUUCAUCUUCAGGAAGAUCGAGAUCCUUCGAAACGAAGAAAAUGAAUUGGGUCGUGGAGCAUAUGGUGCUGUUUAUCGAGCUCAAUGCGAUUCUCUCCUUUGUGCAGCAAAGUGUAUACACGAGAUACUCCUUGAUGAUCCAGAUCCUGAGGCCAGACGCCAUCAACAUGAGAGUUUCCACCGAGAGUGCGAAGUGAUGGCUAGUAUGAAGCACCCAAACAUAGUCCAGUAUCUUGGCUAUUAUGUAGACCCACACAAUCACCAGUCUUGCCUCCUGAUGGAGUAUGUUGACGAAAACCUCCACUCUUAUCUUAGCAGGCAUCUCGAGGAAGGCCGCGAAGUUCCUUAUCACACGUCCGUUGAUUUUGCGCAUGAUAUAUCCAUGGCACUUGAUUACCUUCACAAGAAUCACAGGAUGCAUUGUGACCUCUCCUCUAAGAAUGUUCUCAUUUUGGCCGGAACGAGGGCAAAGGUCACCGACUUUGGUCAGUCGGCCCUCGUCCUUCCCGAGUUAGAUUACCGAGUCCAUGACAUGUGUCCCGGUAACGUGUUGUACAUGCCACCCGAAGCUCUGAGGACCCACCCAACCUACGACUCUUCACUGGAUACUUUUUCAUUUGGGGUUCUCCUCAUUGAGAUACUCACUCGUGAGUUUCCUGCUCCUACCGACAGUACAAGACUCAUGCCUGAAUUCGGCCCUGGGGGGAGUGAUGCUAUAGUGCCAGUGAAGGAAAAGGAUCGGAGGAACCUCCACAUAGCACUGAUACACCCGCACCAUCCUCUGCUCCAGAUUGCCCUCCACUGUAUUGAAGAUGAGGAGCAUAAGAGACCUCCUUUUAGUGAUCUUACCGACCGUCUCACAGAUAUUAAAGUUUUGCCCGACUACAAAGAGAGCCAAAAGAAGCACCCCGGUACCUCUAGACCCCAACUCUCUGACGACUGGUCGCCAUUUAAUAAAGCACGCAUCAGAGACCUAGAAAGUAAAAUUGAGCAGCUGGAAAAGUACAACGGCUUACUCCAAGGGCACGUGGCCCAGCUGGAAAUGGCAAUGGAAAAGAAAGAUGCCAUACUUGAGCAAUUCUCCAAUGAGCAGAGAGGGGCUAGAGGAGCAGGGCUAGGAGGGGCAAGCCCUUUUAAUUCAAUUGGAUCAACAACUAACAGACCGUCGCCCGCUAUGGAGAGAUCAUUGAGCAAUACUAGUAAUGCCUCUAGCAAUCCUCCAUCUUUGACACUAGCCCCUCAGCCUCUCCCUGUCCCUCAGUUCAAUGUAGGCAAUAAGACCCUCGCCUGGUAUCCUUGCAGUCGGUUACCCACAGGGCUCUACAGUGGUUCGGCCAUUAGCAUCAAAGACAAAGUAUAUGUAAGCGGUCAAGGGCUCACGGCUAUAUUUGAGUAUGAUCCGGUGAAGAAUACAUGGCUUCCUCUUCCACCUGCACCAACAGCUAGUUUUGUUCUAGUCUCCAUUAGAGGCGUACUCUCAAUAGUAGGCGGAUACACUCCUCAGGCUUAUAGCGAUGCUGUAUAUUCUCUGGUCACUGUUGGGAAUGAGCAAAAAUGGACGUCUACCUAUCCUUCAAUGCAAGAGCCUCGUAUCAACGCUGGGGCCAUUUCAACCAACGACUACCUCAUAGUGGCCGGGGGUGAGAUACAGGCACCGCGGAACAGGUUCAUAUCUUGGAACGUCGAGAUGCUUCACUUUGACUCCAAAGUUUGGCAGACGGUUGAUAAGCUCCCGAAACCAGCCAAGAGGAUCUCAAUGGUCAUCUCUGGCAACCACCUCUACAUUGCUGGAGGCGUCACGCGAAAUAACCAGCCACUCAGGGAGUUGUUUCACACUCCUCUCGGCGACCUUGUCAAUUCUGCUACUUCUAAUUUUGCUAGUCGUGCCUUUAGGAGUGGUAACUGCUGGGGUGCUGUGGCUAUGCCUCAGGUGUACUCUACCAUUGCUGUGUUCAAUGGUCAGGUAUUGUCUCUUGGCGGGUGGGACAAUCAACCUUCUCUCUCUAUUCAUUCCAUGAAUGUUGACCCACGGACCAGACAGAUCACCUCCUGGUCUCCUGUUGGAAAGCUUCCCCUUGCUCGUUUUGAUGCUAUGGCUACCAUGCUUACUGGGAACAGGCUAAUGGUUAUUGGUGGUCGUGGGGCCGUACCAGGAAAGGCUGGAGAGCAAAUACUUGAUGCAGCUGAGAUUGCUAUACCAGUUGCAUGAUUUGAAUAAUUGUGGACCUCUCCCUGUGUGACAUAAAACUUAUAGUAUUCUUUGAUUUUGUACCUUUUAUACUCUAUUUGUUAGUAUGCUGUGUGAAUCUUUGAAAAAUUGAAAUAGACUUGAUAAUAUAAAAAUGGGUGACAGGACUAGGUGGAGUGAUCCUAAAACCAAUCCUUGUUUAAAGGAGGCAAAUGAUUCUUACAAGUGUAUGGAUGAUAACAAUUAUAACAGAGAUGCUUGUCUGGAAUACUUUAAAAUGUAUAAAGAUUGCAGAAAGAAAAUGAAUUUGGCACGGAGAGAAGGGAAACCAUUUGAAUCAAUAAAGUAACAUUUUUCUUAGUCUCGCUAUAUUAGUGAAUGGACAAUCAUUAUUUAUAUAUUUUUGAAACAUAUUUGAUCUAAAAACGUGAGUUAUGUAUAUAAUAGGUGUGGCAGCACAUUAUGUUUGCUAGGCAAAGUCAACUUCAUAAUUGCAAGCUACAUGCUCUGAUAAGUGGCCAGGCUACUAUUAACAAGUGCUUGUCAGUUGCAGCACAAUAAUUAGUGAAUUGUAAACAUGUUAUUUGUGCACUAGUAGCUUGUUACUCUUCCUUAUUGUACAAACAUUGUUAAAAUUUUAUAGUUUCCUCGAAUGAUAGAUAUUUUGAUAG